AUGGAGUCCACAUCCUUUACGGCUGGCGCUCCCUUGUUCAAGUUCUCAUCCUUGCCAGAGAAUGACAGCUUUCGGCUGCUGCGGCUACUGCCCGAUCUCGAACAGGAUCCCGUACGCUGCGAGCUUAUCACUACUACCAUAUCGCGUGCGGCUGGCAGCUAUGUUGCGGGCUCGUACACUUGGGGCACGCCAUUGCCAACAAUGUCCAUACUCCUGAACAACAUCUCUGUUGACGUUCGGAAAAACCUUUACGACUUUUUGAGGAAACUGCGCAAGAGAGACAAGGCAGUUGUCAUUUGGAUUGAUGCAUUUUGCAUCAACCAAGAUUGCCACCGUGAACGCACACAUCAGGUUGGACUGAUGGCUCAGGUCUACAGCGAGGCUGCGUCUGUUGCUAUCUGGCUGGGCCCCGGCUCUGAAUUGAUGUACUAUGCCAUUGACAUCAUCGAGAAGCUAGGAACAGACAGCACCAUUCAUAUAGACCCAAAGAGUGGACCCGCUGUCUUCGAGGACGACGGAACCGAGAAUGAGAAAACCGCUGAAGUUGCGGCGUUCUUCAACGUGCCCUGGUGGUUUCGCGUUUGGACAGUGCAAGAGUAUGUUCUCGCCAAACGCAGAACGUUUUACUGUGGCGAUCGAAAGAUCGAAGGCGAAGUCGUCGAAGAAUUUUCCAAGAAUGUGGCAGCUCAUCGCGGGAAUUGUUGCAGUCGAAUAAUGGUUGUCCACCGGACUCACGGUCUCAGGAUGAACAUGGGGGACAGUAUUGUCACGGUUUCGAUGCUUAAGGACUACUGCAACAAACAUUCUGCGACAUUCCUUUCGACUUUGGGUCGAUUCGAGUUCAGACUUGCCACUGAUCCAAAGGAUCGCAUAUAUGGAUUCCUUGGCAUUGCGAGACAAAAUGGCGGCCCCUUCCUGGACGCGCUUUAUGAGCAAAGCCCUCAAGAAGCAUGUGCAGCCCUUGUCCAAAGGUGGGUGGAAGCUUACAGGAACCUCGACUUCCUAGAGCACACGGCAGACUACCCUUCGUUUAUCACCCAGUCAUUCGUUCCAAACUGGACUGAGAGGCGGCCGGAGGGUCACGAUCGAUGGGACUGCAACAAACGAUGGGAUGUUCAGCACCUCUACGACGCAUGUGUGGGCCGAAAGCCGCAGUUUUGCAUGGAAUCCGACGGCAGUGCGUCUUUUGUCGGCAUGGGAGUGGACACCAUAAAGGCGGUAACUACGACACAUUAUCAAGAAUAUGCCGAUCUAAUUCUUGAAGCUCAAGCACUCAUUGGUUUCAGCGAGUCUACCAGCGACAUGUACAAACCUACCUCACAGUCACUGCAUGACGCUUUUGCGCUGACAAUGACGGGGGGCCUGCAAUACCGGCUAUCCGGCGGUUGCGAAAGACGUGAAACCGUCGAUAAGUGUCUCCUUGAGUGGAUGGACUGGAUUCUCGAAUGUCGCGUCACCUAUAUACACGUGCCAGUCGGAACAAAACAGUACAUGGAUGACAUACUGAGCGCCCAUCAUUUCUUCCGAGCCGCAUUGUAUGGAAGGAGUUUCAUUCUUACCGAGAAGGGAUACUUUGGAUUCGCUCCAAACUCAUGCCAAGCUAGAGAUGUGGUCGCAAUACUGUUCGGAGCAAAAUCCCCCUGUGUUUUACGCCCUGUCAAUGACGUACAGACGGUGCCCGAGACGCAUUUCAAGUUGCUAGGGACUUCAUACGUACAUGGAAUCAUGCAUGGCGAGGUCUUGGAGGGUUUGGAAGAUGGAGACGACCUCCCUACUACUACCUUUCAUGUCGUCUGA